UGUCAACCGGGGUACCUUUCUCGUGACGUAUCUAUUUUAGGCACGGGCUUUUUUCAAGAUUUCCCGCGCGCCGCGAGAGCUAUCCACGUUUAAAGACACGUCUCUCAUACCAACCACCCGAUCCCAGCUUUCUCGAGUAUGUUUCUGGCGCUCUCGAGGUUCUCCGACGUUUUCGGUAUGCUGUACGUCUUCCUCUGGAGCGUGUCGUACUAUCCCACCUUCUUCAAGUACCAGAGGGAUAUCCGAUCUAUCCGAGAUGUCACCACAAGGUACAAGCCUCUAACGUCGUACCAGGAGAAAGAAGAGGGCCACAUCAAGCCCGGUGGACUUUCAAUCAACUACUUGUUGUUGAAUAUUUUCGGGUAUGUGAUCUACCUCGUAGCCAUCUGGUUGCAGCUCUUUCACCAGGAAACCAAGCGCCAAUUCGCCAGCCAAUCCCAGCACACCACUGAUAGCCAGGACCAACCAGCCACGUUGAUCGACUACUAUGACCUUGUGUUCUACGUCCACGGGAUGUGCAUGAACCUCGUGUUCCUCUACCAGGUGGUAACUCUCUCACGGGCGCAGUCACUCUACCUCAGGUCCUUUCUGAGAUCCGCUGCAGUAGCCCCUCUGUUGAAAGUGAACAUGGUAGUCAAACUGAUUGUUGUCUUGAUGCUUUUGGUGAUUGUCCGCAACUGGUUCGCUGACUACGAGGAUGAGUUCAGCUAUGUUGCAUUUAUCCGAGUGUUGUCCACCUUGAAGAUGGCCACCAGUUUCUUCAAGUUUAUCCCACAGAUGAUCCUCAACUACAAGACUAAGAGCAUGGGUGGGUUGGCUAUCAACGGGAUCUGGCUCGAUGUGCUGGGGAACAUCUUGUUUUUUAUUCAGCUCGUCAUGAGCUGUGAAAUGAUUUUGGAGGCUAGAAACGACCAUAUAAGCACGGUCUUCGAUGUCAUGGCGGAAAAUCCAGGCAAGGUGGGAAUUCUGCUUGUGGGAUUUGGCUUCAAUGUGAUAUCUAUUGUGCAGUACUAUGUGUUGUAUGCGAAUACGGUCGAAGAGGAACGAAACGAUAAAGUGGUAUAGAGGCUAGACGUAUAUCUACGGAAAGAGAAAAUGGUGAAUAUGUGGACUCACACUUCCAAUGUAUAGCGCUGCAUUAAUGAUACUCCACCAGUCGAAUUAAUUUGAGAAAACAUGUUUUGUAGGACGUACCACCGUCCGUAGCUAUGACUCAAGAUACUGUUUCUCCGCAUGCCACGUAGAAAAAAUAAUACACUCUUGUUCAACGCAAGUAUUCAUAUCAUCAUUCAAUAUU